CCAUUUCCGGUGCGGUGUUGUUGUUGUGGCGCUAUGAUAUGUGAGCGCGGCCUCGAUAUUUUCCCUUGAGUUUUUGUCGCGUUCUGCGGGUUUGAUGUUCCGCGCCGCCGAGAUCAAGAGCUUCGGUAAAGCGGGAACCGGCUGGCACUUUCGGCGGACGAUGGACGAGCUGGUUCAUGAUCUGGUGUCGGCUCUGGAGGAGAGUUCAGAACAAGCCCGUGGAGGGUUUGGCGACGGUGGAGAUCACGCCCUGGCCGUCGGUUGCCUGUUGAAACGGCAGGCCCGCAAGCGUCGUGGCCGGAAGCGCCGGUCCGAUAACCCUCACCCGCCGUGGGACACCUGCCACCUGAGCGAAGGGUCCGAAUCCAGCCUGGAGGAGCAGAAAGACUAUCGUUCGUCUACAGCAGGGGGCGCUCACACGCGGGACAACAACAACAGCGACUCGGACGAGCAGCUCGGGGCGAAGCGGCGGGCGCCCCUCACCGCGGACUCCGGGAGGGGGAAGAGGCCGAUUUGGCUGGACGACUUGAGCGGAGCGGACGGUUUGGGAUCCCGAAGUUUACGGAGGCGUCGGAAAGUCAAGCGCAUGGCUGUGGAUCCGCCACUAGAUGUCGCCACCAUGCUGGCUCCGCCUCCCAGAGCACCAGCAGUAGAAAGCAGCAGAGGGGCGGGGUUUAGUCCGGAAGCCAAAGGGAGUGACGUGAACAAAAACAGGGUGAAGAAAAGGAAGUUCACGGCGCAGAGACUCGCACAGGACGCGGCGGAUGAAGGCGUGGUGGUGGAGAGCGAGGAGGCGGGACAUACGGCCAAAGAUAAGAUGGAAUUUGAGGAGCAGAAAGGCUCCGAUGAGGACAUGAGUGACAGGUGUGAGACGAGCAGCGUGAGUAACAGCAGUGAUGGGGGUCUGUACACGAAUGACGAGGGAAGGCAAGGUGACGACGAGCAGAGCGAUUGGUUCUACGAGGGCGAGCCGGGCGGGGCUUGUGGGAUUGCGGGAGUUGUUCCGUGGUGGGAAAGAGAUUCCAACGAACUCGACCUCAAUGACCCCAUGUUCAACAGCAUCCUGACCGGGGCGUUCCCGUUAAUGUCACAGGGCAGUCAAAGAGGGUUUCAAGCACGGCUCGCACGACAGGCCUGUCUCCAGCAGUCACAGGGAACCUCUCAAGGAAUUCCUGAUAGAUUACACAGAUUAUCCCAGGAUCCUCAGAACUCGUGGUUCAGCUCCGGGACCAGAAGAGACCAAUUGCUUUGGGAUUCUCGUAGCGACAGAAGCCACAGGAAAAGCUGCGCUCUUAAGACUGCCAGCAGACAGACAAGUGGUCAUCUUGGCUCUUUGUGUACUGGAGAUAUAAAGAGACGACGGAAAGCUGCACCUGUCGGAGCCCCGUCAGCCUCAGGCGUAGUGGGCGAGAGCGCUGCUCCUCUCCCGGAGUCAAACGUGGGGAACCGUAUGCUGCAGAGUAUGGGCUGGACCCCGGGGUCGGGUCUGGGCCCAGAGGGCAGAGGCAUCACCGAGCCGAUCCGUGCGUCUCAGAGGCCGAAGGGAGCCGGACUGGGCUUCAACUGAGCUCGAGCCGAGAACAGAGAGAGCAACUCGCGCAGAGACGGCGAGCCGGGCCCGCAGGUCGUCUUUCUCUCCGUUAUACCUCCAGCAGGAGGCAGCACUGAGCUGAUAGACCAGUAGAUGUAGGGAACGAGGAUGCACAGAAUGAAACGAAAUAGUACACCUGCAUUGGCCCAGACAAGGACUGACUGUAGAGCUGCCUCACUGCCCACACGCACACACACGCACCAUUUCAGUUAACUCCAGCAAAAACGUGACGCAUGUCAAACAUUUUCCAUCUGACAUAAUAGGAAGAAGUUUCAUAGCAAAAUCAUAGGAAAAAUUAUUUUU